CUCACGUCACCAGGCGGUGGUUACACGGCGCCCCGUAACGGCCGUGAGGCUGCGGCGGGCGGGGCGGGAGAGCCGGCUCGCUCGGCAGCUCUGGAGCAACUACGUUCAUAGGGCGCCCUGCACGCGUUCAAGGACGGGCAGUGUAUUCACCGGCGGGCAAGCUGUGACACGAGUUACCUAACCGCACCUUUGGUCAGGUUUCAGUUGCUCGGGGUUGCGAUUGAUAAAACCGAGGUGUCGAUCGCGGCGUCAUUAGAUCCGCGGUAUAUGACCCUCAUCCAGCCCUUAAAAUAAUCCCUGUAGCCAGCCUGAACUGCAUGCGUAAACGCUUCGCUGAAAUAAAAGGUGCUCGUGGUUUUGAACCCCACACGAGAUUUAGAGUCUAAAUGUGCCAACUUGCUUUGCUACUACGCAGUUUACCAGUCGGAAUAUGCAGUACCCUAGGCGGCCUUUCAGGUUGUCACGUGGCCCUGAAAUGGGCUGUAGUCCUAAAGCUUCCUCUCCCAAGGUGGGCAAGUGUGUUUGGGGGGACGUGCAGUCGUUCUGUAGAGCUGUGUUUACCUUUAGAGCUCUUUACCUUUGGCAGCAGUUGGCCCUUGCACCAUGCAGACAGCAGGGGAGCACUUCACGGAGGGAUUCCUCUGCUCAUGAGUCCCUGGUAGACAGCAGCCCAAACACAGACACAGAAGAAGAUAUCAAACUGCUGCUAAGGGACAAUCAACAAUAGAACAUGAAUGACACUAGACAUCAGUCUCUGUUCUUUGUCAGUCUUCCUGAGCUACAAAAACUCUGUGCCAUUACAGUAACCCUGUGUUCCCAGUUGCCAGAAACUGAGAUAAGGAAUACACAGAUAAAGAUGUGCAGACAAUUAUUAUUUAUGCAUCAAGACAUCCUUUCUGCACCUGUCGUUGGAACACUAAGUCAAAUUUCAGUUGUAAUGGCGCUGGAAGCACCAGAAAGAGUUAGUCCAGCCAUUCUCCAAACCUGUCUCUCCUACACACUGAUAGCCAGACUUGCACCCAGAUGGAACAAGGCCGGUCAUCUCUUGGUGCAAGGGAAGGAUUUUUUGUCUCAUUCAGGAAGGCAAAAUGCUGUUGUUUUAGAACUCAAUGUAUCAGAGACACAGCUUUGCAUCAGUGUGGAGGCUUGCUCAGUCUGUCUGCCACUCCCUGAGCUGGGAGAGUUUGCUAUUUCAGGAAACAUCUUAAAGAUAUUUGACAGCAAUGAAAACAUAAGUAUUCACAGACAUUCCAUUUUAAGUAACUGGUGCUAUGUUUUGCCAAGCAUGAAAAUGGGUCAGAUCAUCAGCAUCAGCCACAUAAUUCCUCCAGAAUCUCCUUUCCAUUCAUAUAAAGACUUUCAGAUGCACUGGAAGAAUCUGUAUGGAUAUAUUCUUCCAGAGAAUUCUGAAGAGACAAAAACAUACUGCAGUGUUUACUUCAAGCCAAUAGGGGAAAGAUUUUUUACGUACCCUUUAAGUUGCAUUCGAAGUCAACCAGUGCAGUAUUUCCCUAGAGCAGACGUAGAAAGUGUGUUGAACUCUUUUCUUUCUGACUUGAAGUCUAAUCUUUCAUAUCUGUGUGGAUUUCCAGUAAAGGUGACAAGUAAAGCACUUUAUGCUAUGCAGGAACUCUCCAGAGCUCUAGUACGUGAAAUAAAAUCUAAGCCUAUGAAAUUGGCUGGUGAGGUGGUUUGUGCAGCAUCUCUAACCCAGGCUCCUCCAAAGAAAGAGACUUUGCCUAGAAUUUCUUUAUCAUGCAGUAUGGAAAACAGCCGCUGGAUGGAGCAUUUGAUCAAUGAGCCAAAAACACAUACUUCUUUGAGUAGCAGUAAAGGUACAGGAAAGGUUAGCACUGAGGCAGCACAGAAAUCAGUGAAUAACAGGCAAAUACCAGGAGUAUCUGACUUAUCAGUUCACUCUCCAAAAUCUUUAGGAAGGCCUCAGAGUUCAGACUUUGACUCCCAAAGAAAAAGUAUUAACAAAAUUAUACCUAUUUUCAAAGGAAAGUUGAUGCAAAUGAAUGGAAAAAACACAAGACAAACUGAUGGGAAGAAAAGAGAAAAUUCUGGAAGACAUUCACCAAUAAAAAUUAUGGCUGCUUCAUCAUCUGUGCUGGCAGUGUGCAAGUCCAGCAUAACUCAGAUUUACAAACCUGUCCAAAAUGUGCCAGUCAAAAAUCCUACUCACAGCAGUGUACUUCAGAUAACAGAGAAAACAUAUGUAAAACAUGGUAUAUCUGUAUUUCAGUGGAAAACAGAGUCUGGUGGACAAAUGACUAAAUCUGAUUGUUCUGAUAACUCCGCUUCAGGGGGGAAUUCAAGUGAAGUCAAUCACAGUAAGACAAAUUCUCCUUUGAUACCUAAGAAUGCUAGGUCAGUGCUUCAGAAAUCAGACGUUAAUGUGAGUCUGAAUAAAUGUGUGGCUCUUACUUCCAGUACAAGAAGGGGAAAAAAGUUUACGAGUCAAAACACCACACAGGUUCAUGAGAAACAACAGAAGUCGAAGAAAGUACAAUUGCAGAUUUGUAGAUUAGACAAUGAAAUGACAAAUUCCAGUUUAUCACAGCAACAAACAAGGAGAUCAAAUGAAGGAGCAGGGUUAAAUAUUCAUGAAUCUAUCUUACAUGAUAGCAUGUGCAUAGACAAAAAUGAGGAACAUCAAGAAUCAUGCCAUUCCAAGGACGACUGUAUCACUAAGACAACCAGUCGUGAUUCAAAAGUUAGCAGUGAGCAGAUUUUUACAGGGAAUGAUCAUCUGGCACUGACCUCAAAACUGACUUACUCAAUGAAGGACAGCAGCAUGGAAGCAUCUGUAAAGAAAGAUUGUGUCAGAAGAAGGCAGAAAGAAGGCGGCUCUUCAAAGUUAAAUAAAGCCAAAAGAAGUAAGCCUUCUGUUUAGGAUGUUGUGGAUUACUGAAGGAAAACUCUGGGUUCCCAAAAGGGCAUGAACUGAGGCUUUUCUGGGCUUCGUGAUCUUUGCUCUCUAUAUUUCACAUCAUUGGUACCUGUUUCUGGAUGAAAAACUGAGGGUUAAAUGCCCACAUCCAAGUGAAACCAUAUAUCAACUCCUCCAGGCAGUUGAAGUUAAUGAACCUCAAAUGGAUUUGGAAAUUUAGCUAAUUGCUUAGAGUUUUGGAUUCAUAUUGUGUCUGUCCUAGUCCUUGCUACAUACUUAAUCACUCUUCCAAGUUAUUUUGCAGUUUCAGGUCUGGCUUUUUUAUGACAUAAUUAUACUUAAUUCUUUGGUACAAUAUCUAGGGCUCUUUGUUUCAUCAGUAAAACGUUUCUAAAUAAAUUCUCCUUGUCACGUCAAAUGGUUGGGAACUAAGUAGUACCAUUUUUAUUAGGGGAAUAAUCUGAAUGCUGUAUUUGAUUCCUGCUUCUUUAAUUCCUAUUGCAAUUUUAAUGAGUUUCCAUUCUCAGAGGUGAAACUGAUAUGGAAAAGAUUUUUCUAAGUUCAAUUGAUAGCACCCUUCUUAAGCAAUUCACAAAAAAAAGUAUUGCUGCCAUUUGAAUAAUUUUAUCAGAAUAAAUAUAUCUUCAAAGACCUACUUGAAGAUGUAGUUACAAAAAUGUGUACAUAUAUAUAUAUACACACACAUAUGAUUGUUGCCCCGUAAUUGCUGUUUUUAAGUGAAUAUUUUUGUGUUAUGUAGAUAUUCAGAAGUAAGUGUCACAACACCAGCUUCUGUGCUCAAUGGAUAUACACACCUGUAGUUUAAUAUUUGUUUUGGAUAUACAUUUGCAAAACCUGUUUCCUAAAGGAACUGGUACACUGGAAAUUUGUGUUUUAUGAAAACUAUCUUCUUUUAUAUUGCCAUAGUUGUGUUUUGUAUUUACCUCACUUUUCAAAUUAGGAUUUUUCCCUACUGGAAUCAAAAUUUCUGUUUUGUUUUUUGUUCUCAAAUGAUGGCUAUUAACAUAGCUCUAACUUAAUGGCAUCAGUAAUCAACAGCAAGUGGGCACAUCAACAGAAUAUGAUUUUCUCAUAGGUAUUUCUCAUGUAUUCCUCAUAUGUAUGUAUUUCUCAAUACUCAUAUUACAAAAAUUAGAAUAAUAUGCUCAAAGUUGUCAUCUAGGAAAGAAAUCAAAUCAUAUUUACAUUUUGCCUGGAAAUUGGUAUACAGAGCUAUUUCUCAAAUGCUUUAGAAUAGUUAUUCUUUCAUAGGUUGACUGUAUUUAAUUGAUCUUUUUCUUGUCUUAAAAUAUGAAAAAGCCUGACAAGCAGUUGCAUUUAUUUUAUAUUAUAUGAGCUAGUGCAUGAUCUGAACUAUUUCCUAUUGUUACUUUUUAAAAGCUGCCUGUUGCCAACGUUUGCUUUGUAUUUUAUUGUAACAGAAGUUAUUUUGCAUUAUUCUUGUAUUUUAAAUUUUUAUAUCAUUUUAUGUUACCUAUUAUAAUACUCAAGAUACAAAAAUAUAAUUAUUGCAGAUCUGA